GGAGAGUCAGGGAGUCAACGUGGGUGUGGGGGACAUAAAGGGUUCUUGUAGAGAGAGAGAGUUAGUUUUGGUGGAGAGAAGUGGGUCUUCAGUUCUAGAGAGAGAGAGAUGGGUGGGAAGAAGGCGUUGAUGGGGAUGAGAGAUGUUUCGAGCUGCAGCACUUACAACUAUGGCGACGCCCUUUACUGGGACACUCGCUAUAUACAAGAAGCAGGCCCCUUUGAUUGGUAUCAGCGUUACUCUGCUCUUCGCCCCUUUAUUCACAGAUAUAUCCCCAAGUCUUCUCCAAUACUCAUGCUUGGCUGUGGAAAUGCAGUGAUGUCAGAAGACAUGGUGAAGGAUGGAUAUGAAGACAUAGUAAAUAUUGACAUUUCAUCAGUUGUCAUUGACAUGAUGAUAAAGAAGUACGAGCAUGUUCCCCAGCUAAAAUACAUGCAAAUGGAUGUUAGGGAUAUGAGUUUUUUCUUCAAUGAUUCAUUUGAUAGUAUUAUUGACAAAGGCACUCUGGAUUCACUAAUGUGUGGCACCAAUGCUCCAAUAAGUGCUGCCCAGAUGUUGGGGGAAGUGAGCAGGCUUCUUAAACCUGGAGGAAUAUAUAUGUUGAUUACCUAUGGUGAUCCAUCCGUGAGGAUGCCUCACUUGAACCAAUCAAAGUAUGGCUGGAAGAUUACAUUAUAUAUAAUACGUAUACGGCAACCAUAUCUGGGGUUAAAUCUAUGGGGGCGAAUGUCCCAAUGGAGCUCACUACAUGCAACUCACACCCUUGCUGUUGGGAAGAACUUGGUGGAUGUCCCUUAUAUAUGUGCCUUAUAGAAUAAUAACAUACACCCCUCGCGUGUAAUAUACUACCGAAAAUACUCAAAGUUUUGAAUUGGUUUGAAUAUGUUAGAAGGUUUCGCAAGGCUCUGGACCAGGCUUUGCCCAGGCCUAGCCCAGCCAUGGAGCUGGGUUCAAGGGCCCUGGCCUGGCUCAAUGGCAAGUUGUUGCCUUGCUGAACUAGGGACUAUUUUAUGUUGCUUGGGUGAGCCGUGAUGCAGGACCCAGGCCCAGGCAAUGGGCCGUUAAAAGUUGGAUUUACUAGUUUAACUACUAGAAGGAGCAGGUUCCAACUCUUAGGUAUUUCAAUUCAGUGGAUUUACUAGUUUAAAUUAGAAGAGAUUGAAAUUGUUUUACCAUAAAAUACCGUAGGGAGCAUUGCUGGGACUUUGCUCCCUAUUGCUGCUCUGGUAAUCUUUUUAGUUUUGGCUGCUAAACCAUAAGAAGUAAGUUAUUUAUACAGAUCUCUAUAGGUCAACGAAAAAUUAGCUAAAUGAAAAUUGGGACCCAUGUGGCAUCCUGAUUGUGGUCCCAUAACCUGCAAACAAGUGUAAUAAAUUAGAGCAGUUAAAGUUUUCGUGGGGAUACUAUGUAUUUAUUGCUUAAAACUGAUAAAAUCCAGAAAGGUCAUCUCCACGAUGUGAUCUAUAUAUCAUUUCCUUUGGAAUUUGACCUACUGGCAGUUAGUACAUAAGCUGUAAGCUGCAAUUUGAAGUGAUUAUCCAUGCUUGCUUUUCAUUAGAUAUAUUUCUUUACUGAAAACAUUUUAAUAUUUGUGUUAGGGCUUAGGCAUUCACAUGGCUCCAUUAAUGUGUCCAGGUGAUUUAAUAUCUGAUGGAUUUGUAGCAAAAGCUUAUGACUGAUAAUCUAGGCCAUAGUUUUAGUGGAAAUACUACCGAGUUUUUUAUAGACCAUAGGGCCAAGCUGUUUCCUACAUUUAAAUCACGAACUUUGAAUGCUUGAGUCUUUUCUCGAAACAGAGAGAGAGUUUCAAAAAUAUCGAGAUCAAUAGGGAUACCAGUGCCACUUAGAUGAAAGGUCAUAAAAUGAUGUCCACAUUCAACAACACUUUCAAUGUUCAGCAUAUUAAUGCAACAUUAAUCAAAAGUCCUGCAGAUAACGAAUACUAAAAUUGAUCCUCUAAGCAUAAAUUGGACUUUGAUCAGAUAUGGGUCUAAGAAAGAACAUGUCGCCUGAAAUUUUAUACACGCGUGUUGAUAAGGAAACUCAUAAACAUUCCAAGAGGCAAACUUUUGAAAUAUCAACACAUUACAUCUUCUAUUUCAAACUUCAUUAACCUUUUUCCAUGAGCUAAAGCAGGCCAAAGUGUUUCAAUAUGCAGGUUUAGAUACCUGUGCUGACUGAUAUUCAAAUAUUCUGGAAAAUUGGAUACUUCUGAAAGUCAUUUCGUGAUAACUCUCUGUAUUUAAUAGGUUAACAUUAUCAAAAAAAAAAUAUAACUCUCUGUAUUUAAUGCUUUGAUUUCUCUCACGUAAGCUUCAUUAGUCUGGUAUUUUGCUUUAUCGAACAAAAUCCAUUCCUUUGUUGAACAAUUGUCAUGUACAUAUUUCACAUGCAUGAAUGAAAUUCCUUCUUCUUCUUUUUUCCUUCUAGUUAGGUCAGCCUAGGAGCAUAGGACACAGUGUUACAAUCAUCAACACUGUAACCGAUCCUACUAGUGCCCAAUUCCACCAAGAAAAAGAAAAAAAAGAGUGGACAGGUCUGCUUGGUUUAUUUUGAGCAAAAAUUUCAACGGUCGUGCCCCUGACCUCCUGCUUACAAACCUUAGGUGUACACCACUAGGCUAGAGCCUUAGGGACAACAUGGAUGAAAUUCUUGUGCAUGUCAAGAUUUAGGCCUAGUUUGGACAUACUGCCUAUUCUUGAGCAAGUGGUUUCCAUGACUAGUUUUAAUUGGGUUAAAGGGAAACAGGUUUUGUUUAGUGACUUCGGGAGACUUUUGCAGUGUUUUACAAUGGAUGGGGAGAGAUGUGACUUACUCAUGAGUAGGCUGGAGCAGACCAAAUAUUUAGUUAAAUUCAUUGAUAGUUUAUUUAUUAAGGAAACGGCGCUUACUCAUAAAUAGCAGUCUGUCCAGACUGGUUUUACAUGCCAAAUUGCAAUUGAAUAAUACAUGGCAAACUACAUACUUCCACAUGGUCCUACUUGCAUUGCUGAUUUCAGAUAUGUACAAGUAUUUUAGACUUGAAACCAAGAAACUAGGGAAUUCAUUGAAUCAGAGUUUUCACAUAAAAGAUUUUGUUUACCAGGAAUGCUUCCAUACUAUGUAAAAUUAUGAGAAAUUUUUUGACAAGCCAUAUGGCACUUUUUUUUUGACAAGCCAUAUGGCACUUACACAAGCAAUGCCAGUCCAAAAGAUAUAACACCCUUAUAACUAAUAACUAAUAAUGACUUAACACUGAAAGUGACAUGUCCAAGGCGACUGUUACCCACAAAAAAUCGUUACAUAUGCAAGGCAAAUUGCUGUAGAACUGCUCCUAGACGUGCAUGGACCAAUCAUGCACUCUAUAUGGGUGAGAAAUGAUGAAAGAUUAUUAAACAAGAUAAAUUUAUGAAACCACACCCAAGAGAUUCGCUCUUUAACGUUUCAUGCAUUCCUCUUAUCAUGCUUUCAAAUAGCCCAUCAAACGUGCACAUCACAAUGGCUCAUAAAUUAGAGUGGUAAAUUCGAAUUUUGCCCCCUCCAUCAUAACCGUCGUGGGUUUUAGGAAAAACUACUUUGGCUUUUUUGAAGUGGUUUUGUUACCCUUUAAUUUAUAGGAUGCAUUUGUUUUAUGUAGAUAAAAUUUCCGAUGAAUAAUUUUGGUAAUGCCAACCCCACCUUAAAACUCUCUUUCUCUGUCUCCCUCCCUUGGUGUGUGCUGGGCAAUCGACGGAAACAAGACUGCCCCAUGUGCAGCCAUCAACUUUUGCCUCCAUCUUUCAAGACUAACCAGUUUCCGGCCUCCUAUAGAUGGGUCUAACCUUCUCAUUCUCAGGGAAUUCACUGAGAAUCCCCAAAGCCCAGUCACACACUCUCUCUGUCUAAUACUCUACAUUAAAAUCCCAAACUUCUCUCUCUCCCCUCCCCACCCCCCCUACGCCAAACCCCAUUACACUUGCCCAUAAAAAAACUAUGAACUAACCCUACAUUCCUCCCCAUUCAAGCCUUUUCUUGUAAGUUCAUCCCCACCUUCCAAACCUGAAUUUAUGGCUGCCUAGCGGAUUCAGGCUAGGGUAUGAAGACCUCCUAUCUACCCCACAUGGCCCACUGUUUUGAACAAUUAGAGGCCGAAAUGAACAAUGACCAAUCCAUUUAGCCUUGGAAACUCUCUAGUAUGAACCUUCUUACCUUGCCUCUUGGGUUGAGUCCAUCCUCUUCGAGUUAAACCUCACAGAAAUUUUGGCCACCUCUGGUUUUCCCCGUGAAUUUCAGUUGUCAGAAAAUGGGUUUUUUGCUUAAAAUUGGAACCAUGGGUCAUUUUCCCAUGGUUUCUCCCAAAAGGCUGUGUGUUUUGAUCAUAAUUUUCCCAUGGUUAUUUUGGGAAUAAAUUAUUUUCUAUUGGGUUCUUUUGUUUGCGUGGUCAAACUACUGCAGCACGCACAGCCAAUUUAUAUAUGUUCUUUUUUAUAGGAAAACCAAAGUAUUUUUCCUAAAAACUAAAAGGUGUGGUUUCUAUAUGGUUGCAACCUUACACAAUCCAAUU